AAUCUUCUUCCCACUCCCUCAUUCAAUGUCGCCUGCUGUCGCAUGCAAGGCAUUCUUUGAUGUUGUGCGCGUGGUCAAGCACGGCUGAGCUCUCAUCAAAGCAGAGUUAUUGGCCUGCCUCGCAGAUGGCUUGCAUGAUCAAGGCUGAGUGGCAUUGGCUCUGCGCAAUAGAAAAGGCUUCCUUCGACCGGCCGCACGAUAUCUCAACCACGACACAGAAGUUGUCGCGUACUACGGCGCGUUCAUAUUUCAACCAGCUUGUGCUUACAUCAUGGACCCAGUAUCAGUCGCCUCGCUCGUUGCGGCAUGUGCCAGCCUUGCAACUAAUUGCGUCAAGGCCGCCGAAGCCCUCCGCAGCCUCGUUGACAGAUACAAGCAGGCUGAGCUUUCGAUCCUCUCACUCGUCGAGGAGUGUGCAACAAUUCAGCUUGCCUGGAGAGGGAUCGAGAAAUGGGCGGAGAAGAACAUACAGCAGAUGGACUCUCACGAAGAGAUUGCCGAGAGGUUGGCCCGCUCCGUGUACGCUGGGCAGCUCAUCAUGUCUGCCUUGCAAGAAGAUAUAGGAAAUCUGGCGCCCAAGACCGGGGGGUUUAGGAGGCGUGCCAGCCUGAGCUGGAGUGAUGAUUUGAUUCGGGAACACCAGAACCGCAUACGGGGCCAGACAAAUGCGCUCCAGCUGCUGCUACAGGUCAUCAGCAUGCCUCAAAGUGAAGAGCGCGCUGAGGUACUCACCAUCAAAGAAGACGUGUUUCGCAAGGUGGACGAUAGCGUCCUCAGCAUAAUACCUUCUCGUCUUUCGUCCCGGCUAUCGAUAACCGGCAGUGACUGGGGAAGUAUAAGGAGUAACGCUACUGGCAACCUAAGAUACAUUCCCUUUAGCUUCGACAACGACCUCUUCACGUCCUACGUAUACAAACGCAAUUAUCGCCCCCUAUCCAACCUCAGAAAAUCCAUCACGGAUGAUUACGGAAACCAGUUGCGAGACCAAAGCAUGGAUGAAUAUGGUGCCAUGAAGGAAUCAGCUUCAAUUUUUGAAAUGAAGAGGCGAGACUACAUACGCACCGUACGUGCACAAUACGAUAGGGUGAAGGAUGCUUGGUCUGGCUUUCGCGCAACGGCUGUCUUGAUCCCACAGCUAUCACUCCAACCAGGCAUUGAUAUCCCUCACAAAGGCCAUCUCGAUAGCUUUGACAACAGAGAGCUACGGAAGGCAUUCUAUAAUCAUAACGAGGUGGAGAGAAGCUCCUACCGAGACAUUAUAUCUCGGCUACAGGAAGGCGGAGACAUUGUCGCUCUUUUCCAUCCACGCCCUAUCGACCCGGCCAGGCUAAUUAAUUUUCUGUGGUACGCCAUGGACAAAUUCGAGGACCUCUUCAUUACGGUAAUGCAGCGAAUCGCUUUUUGGGCCGGCAGUUCCUGGAUUGCCGACUUCAAAGCGGCUUUCUUAGAAAACCAACUAUCGGAGAGAAAUCUAGCUUCAGACGUCUGGCAGGAGGUCGAGAAUGCUGCCACGUAUGCAAAUAACGCUCAGCGCCUGGUAAAGGACUCUUCAAAGCGACCAUCUUCUCUGGAGCUUGCUUGCACUGCCCGGAUUUACGGGCUCGCCAGUUACCUCCUUCGCACAGGAUUUCGACCGGUCAAAGGAGAAGAACAUAAACACCCGCUGGUUUUCGCAAGGGUGCACAAUGACAAGAAGCUGGAAGAAAUUUUUCAAGAUUGGAGCUCUGUCCCUGACAUAUUGUCCGCAGCGCUUGACGCUUUGGUCCGGAGUGCUAGAUGCGACUCCAUUCACUGGUCUACCAAAAGUGGCCUUCCGAUCCGACUCUCUGCGGUCGAUGCAGCACAACUAUUCAUACAGCACGGGGCACAUGGCGCUAUCGGAGCUCUCCAUGCAAGCCCAUAUGGUGCAGAAGCCAUCCCAGUCAUCCACUCUAUUGCAUACGCCAUAGGACACCUGAGAGAGCUCCCCGAGGCGGUCCGCUCGGCUUACCGAAUAUUUGAACUUUUACUCCAGUCUGGAGUAAGCCCUGAUAUUAGUGGUUCCAUGAUGGGGGCCAGUGGUGAAAUUUCUCUGCUUGCGUUAGCCGCUUACUUGAACGAUCGACGCCUCGUCGAUAUCCUUCUCAAAAAUGGCGCUAGAGAAUUUGCGAUAUAUCCAUCAUUCGCUUACAGGGAGGUCAAAGCCUCCAUUGACUCGACGAUGAUGGAUGUUCUUAAAGCAUCAGGCAUUGAAUUGGCAUGGCAUUAGCCAGUUGAUCUUUCGUUCCCACGAAAAGGAGUGGGCGUUAAUCAGAGGCCGAAGGGAUGGACCCCUCCUCGAAGAGCCGUGCGACCAAACUAGGAUUACGCUACACGACAUUCUGAAUCCCUUCAACUUCAUGAUCUCGACGGCUCGGGGCUUCGACGC